AUUUGUUUUGGUGAGUUACUUCGCGAAGAGUAACGCUUUAGUACUCAAGCUAUUCUGGAGCAAUCUCGUGGCAGUUCAGGGACGGCAACUGUAGCUUAUGUUGCCCAACAACGCGAACCACCUAUGCAUUCUAAAAACUUGCAGUGUUUCUGCUGCAAGGAAUAUGGGCAUAUUGCUGUCACUUGCCCUAAGAAGUUUUGUUCUUAUUGCAAGAAGAAGGGUCACAUUAUCAAAGAAUGUCGUAUUCGCCCCCAGAAUCGUCAGACCCAAGCAUUUCAGACUUCGGUUAUUGUCCCUCUUGUAGCAACUUUUGAAGCACACGACUCUCCUUCAGCUGCGUGCUCUAUUCCUGCACCAGAUUACUGCACCCCAGAAAUGGUGCAACGGAUGUUAAUUUCAGCAUUAUCAGCAAUGGGGUUUCAAGGACCAGGUAACGGGGGAGCCGAUCGCGAAGGGACCUAAAGUGGG